AUGCGAAGACUUCCGCGACAAUUUCGAACUCAUCUGAUUUCUCAAGUUGUCAAUAAUACUAGACUUCAGCGCCCGAUAGCUUUCCCUCCACUAGAAUCCUCCACCUCCUUCAGGCAUUUCCUCCCUCAAGACGUGCGCCCCCGCUCCUCUUUCGGCAGACCUCGGCGCUUUCUUGGCGGAGUUGGUCCGCGGAAGAGGAGCCGAAGCAGAGGCGUCGCGGAAAUUGACAGAGGAGCUUGCUUCUCUGAGGUUUUUGAGAUGUUUCAGAGUUUGCGGGCUUUUGAAUAUAGUGCAAGUUCUUGGAUUGGAGUCCUUGACCCGGGUGCAAAGCUUUACGCUUAACAAGCCUUUUGGGGUGGGCCGUGGGGGCGUCACUUCCUGGGGUGAGCUUGAAGCUUUUAGCUUGCAGCUUGAAGCGAAGCGGGUGGCUUCCAGUUUGAAGCUUUGAGCUACAGCGAAGCUCUAGGCGUGAAGCUUCGGGCUUGGGGCUUGGAAUUUGAGGCUUUGGCUUUGCAAGAUGAAGCUUUGGGCCCGCCCUGAAGGGUUUUGUCUGAAGUUUUGGGCUUGAAGGCUUGGGCUUCACAUCUUGGACGUUAUGCUUUGGGCUUGAAGCCUUCGGCGUGACGGCUUGAAGCUGAAGGUGAAGCGCCAGGCUUGAAGUGUUGGACUUGGGGCCUUGGCUUUGAAGGUUUGGACAUGAAGCCCUGGACACGAAGUAUUAGACUUAGAGCCUUGCGCCUGGGGCCUUGGGUUUGUUGUUUUGGCGUCGGGUCCUCGAAUUUGAAAAGUAUGGAAAGCUGCGGCUGAUGAAAGAAAAAAGCUCGGCACGCUAGCCCAGAGUAGUAGACUGCUUAACUUUAUCGCUUAGAAUUUCAAUUGGGUCGCCUGUGGUCGCGAUUGGCUACACCACAUCACGGGCCGCGUGUUGGCUGAAGUCGUGACCGUAGGCGAAUGGCAUGCCACGCUUGUGGCUUUGGAGUUGAGUGCCCGAAUUUGAAAAGUAACGCUUAGCCCUGGCCGAUAAAGUCAAAAAUUUUGCUACUUUAAUUAGCCCGAAGUAGCAGAGUUUUUGACCUUAUCGCUUAGAAUUUGACUUGAAUCGCCUUGGGCCGUGAUUGGCUACGCGUACGCGUAGGCUGAGCCUCGUUUCUGGCUGAUAGAUAAAGUCGAAAGCUUCGCUUUUUGCGCCGAAAGUCGCAAAGUUGGCGACUGCGUCGCUUAGAAGUUAAAUCGAAUCGCCUGCGGCUGUGAUUGGCUACGCGUAGGCCGGGCUUCGUUCUUGGUUGAUAAAGUCAAGGACUUCGUACUUUACCCCAAAAGAGCAAAGUUCUUGAUUAUAUCGCUUAGAAUUUAGAUGGAAUCGCUUGCGGUCGUGAUUGGCUACGCGUAGGCCGGACCUCGUUUCUGGCUGAUAAAGUCAACAACUUCGCUACUUUAGUCUAAAAUAGCAAAGCUCUACAUAAGUUCCUCUUCUUAAGUUCCUGGGUUCAUGCGUUAGGGGCUCGGGUGUCGGGGGUUUGGGAGUGGAGGAGUGAGAGUUCGGAAGGGUCGUUGUUCAUUUUUUAUUUCGCUCUUUAAUAUUCUGCUGAUAAAGAAGCCUACGCCGGUGUCUUACAUGAAAUGCGCUGCAUAUGUUUCCAUUCUUAUUUUCUUGUCGGACAAACCUUCGCUCGUUCUCUUCUGUUUCGUCUUCACGAUCAUUGGGCUUUUUCUUCAUCAUCAUGCUCUGUGGUGGAGAGAACAACUCGCCAGGAUAGAUACCUACAAAAGUAGUGGAAAAGAAGCCAUGUAUGGCAAUGUGCCUGCCUCAACGCAUGAGAAAAUUUGUCUGUUGAAUGAUGAGCGCGCGCUUGAGUACAGACAUCUUGUCGAUUGGAUACAUGAAUGAAGUGUCUAAAAUACGCAUAGAAUUCUCUAUUCAGUAUGAGUAAUGAUUCUGAUAUUACAGCUACAGGGAGUGAGACAUGUGGAUGUGCUGCGACGAAGUGCUCUGUCUACUCCAUUCGGAUAGCAAAGCGUCCCUUCGCCUGCUAAUGAUAUAGGUCCUGGACUGGGGUUGUUCACAUUCAAAUUGAGAACCGAAAAAGCUCCUAAAUUUGACACAACGAAAUUUAGGCUCCUCCUGGAUUUUGGAGACCAAAAAGGCCCCUUCAUUUGAUUGCUUCAUACUUGUUCAAGACGUACUUGUUUUGGGUUAGUCGUCUAUCGAUAUCGAAUACAGGUAACUAAAACUACAAUGAUCAUGGAUGAACGAUAAGCACUCAGUGGCAAUUUCGUAGACUGCC